AUGAAAUUCUCCAUCUUCCUCGUCGCUGCCAUCGCCAUUCUUGGUGUCGUCACAGCUACCGACCAGCCUGCCGUGACAACACCAGCCGAAGCUCUCAAGAAGAUUCAGGCGUCCGCCUUACCCGAUGGCGUCACGCUAACUGGUACGACGGAGAAGAUUGACCCACCUGCUACUGCAGUUGUCGCGAAGGAAUCACAUGCCCGUGAUGACAAGGAUGAUGACGAUGAUGAAAAGGAGCAAUUCGGCUGGGGUUUAGGAGGUCUUGGUGGAUGGGGCCUCGGCGGCUGGGGCAGUGGCCUCCUUGGCUGGGCCUAUCCGUUGGGCUACUGGAACACGUUUGGUGCGGGUUUGUACGGUGGCGGGUGCGGUCUGGGUGUGCCCUUUGGUGGUCUCUACUACUGCUAA